AUGGCGUCGUCCGACCUCGAGGCUGCCACUGCGCUGAAGGUGCAGGGCAAUAAAGCGUUCGGUCAGCAUGACUGGCCUACUGCCGUGGAUUUCUACACCCAGGCCGUAGCGAAAUAUGAUCGCGAGCCAUCCUUCUUUAGCAAUCGCGCUCAGGUACGCUACGCUCUGGGCACCUUUUCUUUCCUACCCCCUGCUCUGCUUCUGGCCCCGAGAGCGCAUAUCAAACUCGAAGCUUAUGGCUUUGCGAUCGCCGAUGCUACUAAGGCGCUUGAGCUCGACGCCGGCUACACCAAGGCAUACUGGAGGCGAGCCCUAGCCAACACCGCCAUCCUCAACUACAAAGAUGCCCUCAGAGACUUCAAAGUCGUUGCGAAGAGGGAGCCCAAUAACCGCGAUGCGAAGGUAAAACUGGCAGACUGUGAGAAGCUUGUGCGUCGGAUGGAGUUUGAGAAGGCUAUUGAAGUGGGUGACCCGCCGUCGGCCUUCGAGGGCCUGGACAUCGACGCCAUUGCGGUCGAUGAUGGCUAUGAUGGUGUACGCUUGGAGAAUGAAAUGACGCAAGAGUUCAUCGACGAUAUGAUCGAGCGGUUCAAGAACGGCAAGAAAAUCCAUCGCAAGUAUGCCUUCCAGAUCGUCAAGGCUGUCAAGGAUAUCGUGUAUGCGGAACCAACGAUGGUCGAGAUUGGUGUGGACCAGGGUAAUAAGUUGACGGUCUGCGGUGAUACGCAUGGGCAAUUCUUCGAUCUGCUGGAGAUCUUCCGGUUGAACGGAUACCCAACCGAAAAGCACGCAUACCUUUUCAACGGUGACUUUGUUGAUCGUGGCUCUUGGUCUACUGAGAUCGCCUUGCUCCUCUACGCAUACAAGUGGCUGCGACCCAAUGGCAUCUUCCUCAACCGUGGAAACCACGAGACGGACGAUAUGAACAAGGUUUAUGGAUUCGAGGGCGAGUGCAAGGCCAAGUACAACGAGAGGAUGUUCAAGGUGUUCUCGGAGUCUUUCUCUGCUCUGCCCUUGGCUACCUUGAUCGGCAGCAAGUAUCUUGUUCUCCACGGUGGUCUCUUUUCCGACGACAAUACAUCCUUGGAUGACAUCCGGAAACUGGACCGUCACAACCAGCGCCAGCCCGGACAGCAAGGCCUGAUGAUGGAAAUGCUCUGGACUGAUCCCCAGACGGAGCCUGGUCGCGGCCCGAGCAAGCGAGGAGUCGGUCUCCAGUUUGGUCCGGAUGUUACCAAGAGGUUCUGUGAGAAGAACGGACUGGAAGCCAUCAUUCGCUCUCACGAAGUCCGUAUGGAGGGUUACGAGGUCGAGCAUGACGGACGGUGCAUCACCGUCUUCUCCGCCCCCAAGUACUGUGAUACCACGGAGAACAAGGGAGCCUUCAUCAACGUUGGACCAGAGCUUAAGCUGGACUUCCAAGUUUUUGAAGCUGUGCCUCACCCUGAUAUCAAGCCUAUGGCUUAUGCACAAAACUCGAUUAUGUCCAUGAUGUAUGAGGACGUUGGAUUGGGCACGCAAUACCUUACUUCCGACAAAUCUAGCUUCGCCUCGACCUCCGCUCAUGACCGCUGGCCCGUGAUUAUCACUGGUGCUAUUGACGACCUCCACCGCACUGCUGGUGAUGUAAACGACGAGGAGAAGCGCAAGGAGGGCAAGAGUAUCAUUGAGAAGCUUGCAGCGCUCAAAUAUGAAUUGCAACACAACAGACAAUUGACCCCCAUCCCUGACGACGGCCAGCCAGAUAUCGAAGAAUAUAAUAAGGAGUUGGAACAACGAGGAAACCCGAGAUGGCACGAUGUUGCAUGGCUGUUCUCUGAAUGCUACCUCUACAGGCGCAUCAGUGCCUACUUCGCCUUGUCCACACACUGGAAAGGAUACGACGUAUUUGCCCGCCAGAAGAUGUCUACUUUCAAAUCUUCCCGUCCGGCAGUCCUGGAAUUAGCCGCGAGAUACAAGGAAAUCGCCCAGGAGGCGGAGAAGGGUCAUGCUGAUGGAAAGACCACGGAGCAGGUUGAACAGGCUGAGCGCAUACUCUUUUCCGAGAUGUGUGAGAUCUGUCUGUGGGGUAAUGCCACUGACUUGUCCCUUUUGACCUCUCUUACCUACGAGGAUAUCCAGAAACUGCAGGGCUCGCAGGCGCGCAAAGCGGCGGAGAAGAACAUUCUUGUCAACGAUUUGGAAGCCGCCUUUGAGGUGCUCAACAAGGCCCGCAAGGAGAAGACCGGGGAGCGUCGCGUAGACAUUGUUCUCGAUAACUCCGGUUUCGAACUGUUCGUUGACCUUAUCCUUGCUGGAUACCUUCUCUCUGCCGGCCUGGCUACGACAGUUGUACUGCACCCUAAACUGAUCCCCUGGUUCGUAUCGGAUGUUACGCCUGCAGACUUCAGGGAUCUUAUCACCGCACUCGCCGACCCGCAGUCAUUCUACACUGCCGCCGAUGAGUCGGGCAGAGAACACUCCCCCCUCUCCGAUAAAGAGCUGUCAGAGGUAAACUUCCUCUUCGAACAAUGGUCCCGGCUCCACGCAGAUGGCAAGCUGGUCAUCCGCCCACACGCCUUCUGGACCGCCCCGGGAGGCUACUGGCGCAUGCCCAACACAGCAAAGGAUCUCUUCGAGGACUUGCAAGCGAGCGAGCUCGUCCUUUUCAAGGGUGAUCUCAACUACCGCAAGCUGACUAGUGAUGCUGCCUGGGACCCCACAACCCCCUUCACGACCGCCAUCGGUCCAAUGGGCCCCAAGUCCGGCGUUCGUGUUCUCGCCUUCCGGACCUGCAAAGCCGAUGUUGUUGUCGGACUCCCAGCAGGCGAAGACGAGAGACUCCGCCAGCUGCCUAACGGCGGGGGCUCCGAGACCCGGAAAUGGGCUUGGAGUGGAAAGUGGGCUGUUGUGUCCUUCUCUGACGGGAAGGCUUAA